AUGCAUUCUAGGUUGUUCCUCCGGAGGAAUUAUUCCUUCAUGUUCAUGGACAAAGGUGCUAAUUCAGAAAUCCAACUCCCUCCUGGAUUUAGAUUCCACCCUUCUGACGAAGAGCUAAUUGUUCACUAUCUGAGAAAUAAAGUGACAUCAUCACCCCUUCCUGCCUCAUUCAUGGCAGAAAUAGAUCUUUACAAGUAUAAUCCAUGGGAGAUCCCAAGUAAGGCUUUGUUUGGGGAGGAUGAAUGGUAUUUCUUUACUCCCAGGGACAGGAAGUAUCCCAAUGGAGUGAGGCCUAAUCGAGCAGCUGCUUCUGGUUAUUGGAAGGCUACUGGCACUGACAAACCCAUUUUUACUUCAUGUGGGAUGAUGAGUAUUGGAGUGAAGAAGGCGCUUGUGUUCUACAAGGGUCGUCCACCAAAAGGAUCUAAAACUGAUUGGAUCAUGCAGGAGUAUAGGUUGCACGAUUCCAUGAACUCAAUUCCACAGCAAAGAGGGUCCAUGAGACUGGAUGAGUGGGUGCUGUGCCGGGUUCGACAGAAAACUAGCAGCACAAGAAGCAUUUGGGAAGACUCAAAUGAACCUAUUCACGAACCAACUAGCCACUUUCACCAAAUAAACCAGAAUUCGAAUCUUGAACCAGCCAAAAACACUGUGCAUACUGAAUAUCCAAUGUUACCUUAUAUUCUUGCUUCUAAGAGUUCUCUGCCUGAUUUUAUUGGCAUGGCCUCAGGCUCUGGCUUUGGUUGUAAUGACGAUGUAAAAGCGUAUGCUUCAUUGGAUGAUGAAAACUUGAAUUUAAUAAUAGGAGCGCAGUUUAGGGAACCUGUUGCUGAGGGCUUGUUUAAUUCACUGAAGAGAAAAAAGUUUGAAGAGAACGAGUUGGAUGCUACCCUCAAUAAAAUUCUAAGCGAAGAAGUUGAUGUUGGGAAACAAAGACUUGAGAAAGAUGUAAACAAAGGCUACAAUUUCAAUAACUUUGACCAGUGGACUUCCAUCAUACAACCCCAGGAGCUUAAUAGCGAGUCUUUACGAAAUAUGAAUGAAUUGCUUAUAGAUGCUUGA